CAACUCCUCAGGUAGCGCCGUUCACCUGGAGAGAACCAACGCGAGGUCCUAUUCCGUGUAGUCUCGAGAUGGUGUCCCGGGGAUAAGGAGCUCUUCGUUGUGACCCUGAACGAGAUUCAGAUUAGUUGGGAUUGAUAAUAAAAUAAAAAGAGAUAGGUGCGGGGGGGGCGCGGAUGAAAAUCGAUCGUUCAAGUGUGGUGAUAUUGAAUCGGGUUUUUGAACGAGCGUUGAAAAACGAAAAAAGGCCCGCCGAAGUGCCGCCGGUCGGCCCCGAUUCCAUUGAAAAGUGUUAAUGUGCGGGAAAGGACUAUACACCAGGAUCUAGGGUCAGAAUAAAAAAAAAAAACACAAAUAUGCUGAUAAGGGAAUUGGCGAUUAUCUGGAUCGCCAUCCUCUUCUCAUGUCUGCAAUGCUCCGACAGUCAGAUUACAGCGUCGAACGUGUUCACCUGUCCGAACGGUUGGGAACUACGCGGUAUUCACUGCUACAAGUUUUUCAAUAUUAGGCAUUCCUGGGAGAAAUCAGCGGAGCUAUGCAGAAGAUAUGGAAGCGAGUUGAUGGUCGUCGAGUCCUAUGCGGAAAACAAUAUGACCGCAGGGAUGGUGGGACGCAAUCUGAACAACUUCUGGCUCGGUCUCGCCUCUCUUGACGAUCUUAGAACUAACACCUUAGAAUCGGCCGCUGGAAUGCUCGUCUCUCAAUACGCUGGUUUCUGGGCUCUGAAACAGCCGAAUCCUCGGGCCGGCGAGUGCGUAGACGUCUCGAUUUCCGACGAACAGCAAUCUUGGGAAUUGACAACCUGCGAAUCCUUAUUGCCGUUCAUGUGCAGAGCGCGUGCUUGUCCGGCAGGAUCUUUCCAUUGUUCGAAUGGCAAGUGCAUAAACGCGGCAUUCAAAUGCGACAAACAGAACGACUGCGGUGAUCUUUCGGACGAACUGGACUGCUCUUCAAAUUGUCAAUUCUACAUGGCAAGCAGCGGAGACGUCGUCGAAAGCCCGAAUUAUCCGCAAAAGUACGCACCGCUCAGCAACUGCAAAUGGACACUGGAAGGACCGCAAGGUCACAAUAUUCUGCUGCAGUUCCAAGAAUUCGAGACCGAGAAGAGUUUCGACAUAGUUCAAAUUUUGGUCGGGGGAAGAACCGAGGAUAAAUCGGUAAACCUCGCGACACUUUCGGGAAAGGAAGAUCUGAGCAACAAGUUGUUCGUAUCGGCUUCGAACUUCAUGAUCAUAAAAUUCAGCACCGACGGAUCGGUCGAAAGGAAAGGAUUCCGCGCCUCUUGGAAAACAGAGCCACAGACCUGCGGUGGCACGCUCCGAGCCACCCCCCAGGGGCAAGUUCUCGCUUCUCCGGGAUACCCCCAAAAUUAUCCCGGCGGAUUGGAAUGUCUUUACAUUAUCCAGGCGCAGCCGGGAAGGAUCAUUUCUUUGGAGAUCGAGGAUCUAGACUUGGAACUGAAUCGCGAUUACAUGCUCAUAAGAGACGGCGACUCGCCGAUGAGUCGUCCGGUGGCCAGGUUAUCCGGUACAAUCGAGAAUAAUCCCAAAGUAAUAAUGUCGACGGGUAAUCAGUUGUACCUGUAUUUCAAAACGAGCCUAGGGGACUCGAAGAGAGGCUUCAACAUCCGUUAUACCCAGGGAUGCAAGGCUACCAUUAUAGCGAGAAACGGAACGAUCCAAUCACCGGCGUACGGUCUGAGCAAUUAUCCGAACAAUCAGGAAUGCCUUUACAAAGUGAAGAAUGUCGAUAGGCGACCUUUGUCGUUGAAAUUCGACAAUUUCAACAUCCACAAGACAGACCUGGUCCAGGUUUACGACGGAUCGAAUACCAACGGCCUUCGACUUCAUUCGGGUAACGGAUUUACUUCGAGUACUCGUCCGAGGAUUACACUUACUGCUGAAAGCGGAGAAAUGCUGAUAAGAUUCGUUUCCGAUCCUCUGCACAGCAGCACAGGAUGGGAAGCCACCUUUUCCGCAGAUUGUCCUCUUCUCCAACCUGGAGAAGGAGCUCUCGCGUCGAACAGAGACACAGCCUUCGGAACGGUUGUGACGUUCUCGUGCCCAUUGGGUCAGGAAUUUGCAACCGGAAAGGCAAAAUUAGCCACCGAAUGUCUGCCGGGUGGUAACUGGUCCAUAACGUAUAUUCCGAAAUGCCAAGAAGUUUACUGCGGACCGGUGCCUCAAAUCGACAACGGAUUCUCCAUCGGAUCCACAAACGUCACUUACAGAGGAAUCGCUACUUAUCAGUGUUACGCCGGGUUUGCAUUCCCCACCGGCAGGCCGGUCGAGAAAAUUUCUUGUCUUGCCGAUGGGCGAUGGGAGAACAAACCGAGUUGUCUGGCUUCGCAAUGCGCACCCCUUCCGGAAGCUCCUCACGCAAAUAUCACGAUUCUCAACGGAGGUGGUCGCAGUUACGGUACCAUCGUAAGGUUCGAGUGCGAACCAGGAUAUAUCAGAACUGGACAUCCGGUAAUUCUCUGCAUGAGCAAUGGAACUUGGUCCGAUGAUGUUCCGAUAUGUUCCCGUGCGAAAUGUCCGAUUCUUCCGACGAUUAAAAACGGUUUCAUCGUCGACAUGUCCAAGGAAUAUUCUUUCGGGGAUGAAGCUCGCGUCCAGUGUAAUAGGGGCUACAAACUCACCGGCUCCAACAUCAUCGAAUGCGGUGCCAAUCAGAAAUUUAACAAUGUUCCCUCUUGCGAAGAUAUCAACGAAUGCUCCUCGAGUCAAUGUGACUUGGCGACAACCGAGUGUGUAAAUACAGCUGGAGCAUUCAGCUGUAAAUGCAAGAGCGGUUUCGAUGCGACAAUGGACUGCCGACCAGUCGGUGACCUGGGUUUGAUAAACGGCGGUAUACCCGACGAUUCCAUCACGGUUUCAAGUUCAGAGAAUGGCUACUUCAAGAACGGUGUCCGUCUGAACAACGGAGGUGGAUGGUGCGGCAAUAGCAUCGAACCGGGAGCGAAUUGGGUCAUGAUUGACAUGAAAGCGCCGACUAUAAUCCGGGGAUUCAGGACUCAAAGCGUCGCGAGAGUCGAUGGAAACGUGGCAUUCACAACGGCGGUGAGAAUUCAGUACACCGAUGACCUCACCGACACUUUCAAGGACUACACAAACCCCGAUGGAACACCCGUAGAAUUCAGAAUUCUGGAGCCAACUCUGUCCGUUCUGAAUUUGCCGGUAGCGAUCGAAGCGAAAUACGUCCGAUUCCGUAUUCAAGACUACGUUGGGGCUCCUUGUGUGAAAUUGGAAGUCAUGGGAUGUACCCGUCUCGAAUGUAGUGACAUAAAUGAAUGCGCGGUCAACAACGGCGGUUGCGAUCAAAAAUGUGUUAACACCCCCGGAGGAUAUUCUUGCAUGUGUAACACCGGAUUCGAACUCUACAAGGCUAAUGGGACCGCGGGUUUCAGCAUAGAAAAAUCGGAGGACGGCGAACGGGACGGUGACAUAUUCCAGAAGAAUAAAACUUGCGUUCCCGUAAUGUGCUCCGCGCUACCGCCGCCAGAGAACGGAAAAAUUCUGGCCACUAAGCUACAAUACCACUUUGGAGAUUUGAUAAGGUUCCAAUGUAACUUUGGAUACGUGCUCUCGGGGUCUACUUCCGUAGUUUGCUCAUCUAACGGGAUGUGGAACGGAACAACGCCGGAGUGCCAAUAUGCGAAGUGCGUUUCUCUUCCCGAUGACAAGAACGAGGGUCUUUCUGUGAUCCGAUCCAACGAAGCGAGCGUGCUGGUACCAUUUAGAGAGAAUGUCACCUUGACGUGCAGUAACAACGGUCGUUUGUUGAGAAACACGGCUACGUCUGGUUUCCGACAAUGCGUCUACGAUCCGAAACCCGGUUUCCCCGAUUACUGGCUUUCCGGUACGCAGCCCGCUUGCCCUCGCGCGGAUUGUGGAAAGCCUCUGCCCACGCCUGGAGCAGAAUACGGAAAAUACUUGGAUACGAAGUAUCAGUCAUCUUUCUUCUUCGGUUGUCAAGACACUUUCAAGCUCGCCGGACAAACGAAUCGCCACGAUAACGUGGUUCGAUGCCAAGCCAAUGGAGUUUGGGACUUUGGAAACUUACGUUGCGAAGGUCCGGUUUGCGAAGACCCUGGCAGACCGAGCGAUGGCUUCCAAAUAGCUCGCAGCUAUGAGCAAGGAUCGGAAGUCCAGUUCGGCUGUAACAGGCCUGGAUAUAUCCUGAUAAAUCCGAGACCGAUAGCUUGUCUGAGAGAGCCGGAAUGUAAGGUGGUCAGACCCUUGGGUCUCGCUUCCGGACGUAUACCGGACUCUGCUAUAAACGCUACUUCCGAACGACCGAAUUACGAGGCGAAAAACGUUAGACUGAACUCGGUCACCGGAUGGUGCGGAAAACAAGAAGCAUUCACGUAUGUCAGCGUUGAUCUGGGACAGAUAUACAGAGUGAAGGCUAUCCUAGUCAAAGGAGUCGUUACUAACGAUAUCGUUGGUAGACCUACGGAGAUUCGAUUCUUCUACAAACAGGCGGAGGCUGAAAACUACGUCGUAUAUUUCCCCAACUUCAAUCUGACCAUGAGAGACCCCGGAAACUACGGAGAGCUCGCUAUGAUCACAUUACCCAAAUAUGUCCAGGCGCGAUUCGUGAUUCUUGGUAUCGUUAGCUACAUGGAUAACGCUUGCCUUAAGUUCGAACUCAUGGGAUGCGAAGAGCCGGUCGUUGAACCUCUACUUGGAUACGACUACGGGUACUCACCUUGCGUGGAUAACGAGCCACCGGUCUUCCAAAAUUGUCCUCAACAACCGAUAAUGGUUCAGAAAGGAGCUGACGGUGGUUUAUUGCCGGUGAACUUUACGGAACCGACCGCAAUCGACAACAGCGGUAGCAUUGCCAGACUAGAAGUAAAGCCACAGAACUUCAAAACUCCGAUUCAAAUAUUCGACGACAUGGUUGUGAAAUACGUUGCUUUCGAUUAUGAUGGUAACGUGGCGAUUUGCGAAGUCAAUAUCACCGUGCCUGACGUAACACCACCAAAAUUGAGCUGUCCUCAAAGUUACGUAAUCGAGCUAGUCGAAAGGCAGGAAAGCUACUCUGUCAACUUCAAUGAAACUCAGAGACGCAUUAACGCAUCCGACGCUUCCGGUCCAGUGAAGAUCACUUUCGUACCAGAUCGCGCGAUCAUUACAACCGGUGGUUUCGAAAAUGUUACCGUAAUUGCUACGGACUCUUCCGGCAACAGAGCGUCCUGUCAUUUCCAAGUUUCAGUUCAAGCUACCCCCUGCGUAGAUUGGGAGUUGAGACCACCGGCAAAUGGAGCUCUGAAUUGUCUCCCGGGUGAUAAGGGACUCCAAUGCAUAGCCACCUGCAAACCAGGCUUCAGAUUCACCGACGGUGAACCCGUGAAAACUUUCAGCUGCGAUGUAAAAACUCAUUGGUCACCUUCUUCCGUCGUUCCUGACUGUGUUUCAGAAAACACGCAGCAGGCCGAUUACCACGUCGUUGCUUCCGUAACUUACCGUGCCAAUGGAGCCGUCACAAGAACAUGUUUACCGCAAUAUCAAGAUUUAAUGGCUCAGUACUACAUGAAUCUGAACAGUGUUUUGACACAGCGUUGUUCCGCCGUCAAUGUAAAUAUGAAUGUGACGUUCAUAAGAUCCGUGCCAACCCUCAUCGAAGAGAACGUCCUCAAGAUGGACUUUGUGCUAGCGAUUGUACCUGCCGUUCGUCAGCCGCAGUUAUACGACCUGUGCGGUUCCACCCUGAAUCUCAUAUUCGAUUUAUCGGUACCAUACGCUAGCGCGGUUAUCGAACCGCUUCUGAAUGUCUCAUCGAUCGGAAAUCAAUGUCCUCCCCUGAGAGCCCUGAAAUCAACGAUUUCGAGGGGUUUCACUUGCAGCGUGGGAGAGGUCCUGAAUAUGGAUACAAACGACGUUCCUCGUUGCCUUCACUGUCCCGCUGGUACAUUCGCCGGUGAAAAACAAAAGCAAUGUACGUACUGUCCGAAGGGCUAUUACCAGAACAGCGAUCGUCAAGGAUCAUGUCUGCGCUGUCCCUUCGGUACCUAUACCAAAGAAGAUGGAUCGAAGAGCAUCGACGAUUGUAUCCCAGUUUGCGGAUACGGAACUUAUUCUCCCACCGGACUCGUCCCAUGCCUCGAAUGCCCACGUAACAGUUAUACGGGUGAACCACCAACCGGUGGUUACAAGGACUGUCAAGCCUGUCCGGCGAGCACGUUUACUUACCAGCCCGCAGCGCCUGGUAGAGAUCGAUGCCGUCCAAAAUGUUCACCCGGAAUGUAUUCGGACACUGGACUGGCCCCUUGUGCCCAAUGUCCCAAAGAUUUUUACCAGCCUCAACACGGAGCGACAACGUGUUUGGAGUGCCCCAUGAACAUGUACACGGACAGAAACGGUGCCGUCGGUCGUGAGGAAUGUAAACCUGUCCAGUGCACCGAAAAUGCUUGCCAACACGGUGGACUCUGUGUCCCCAUGGGACACGGUAUCCAAUGUUUCUGUCCCGCUGGUUUCUCGGGGCGAAGAUGUGAGAUCGACAUAAACGAAUGCGCGUCACAGCCGUGCUAUAACGGAGCUACUUGCAUAGAUCUUCCUCAAGGAUACAGGUGUCAAUGCGCGAACGGAUACUCGGGAAUCAAUUGUCAGCAGGAGAAAUCAGACUGUAGAAACGAUACCUGUCCGGAAAGAGCCAUGUGCAAGGACGAGCCUGGAGUGAAUAAUUACACUUGUCUUUGUCGCUCCGGAUACACGGGCGUCGAUUGCGAUAUCACGAUAAAUCCUUGCACAGCCAACGGAAAUCCUUGCAACAACGGUGCUACCUGCGUUGCCCUCCAGCAAGGAAGAUACAAAUGCGAAUGUCUUCCCGGAUGGGAAGGUCAGAGCUGCGAAAUAAACACCGACGAUUGUGCCGAACGACCGUGUCUUCUUGGAGCGAAUUGCACGGACCUCGUAGCCGACUUUAGUUGCGACUGCCCGCCAGGUUUUACGGGUAAACGUUGCCACGACAAAAUAGACCUUUGCUCAGGUAAUCCAUGUCUGAACGGCAUCUGCGUCGACAAACUCUUUAGGCACGAGUGUAUUUGCCAUCCUGGAUGGGCUGGUCCAGCUUGCGAAACGAACAUAAAUGAAUGCGCAAGUAAGCCAUGCCAGAAUGGCGGUCAGUGCAUCGACGGUAUCGAUGAAUUCACCUGCACUUGCGAACCUGGAUAUACAGGAAAGCAAUGUCAGCACACCAUUGACGACUGUGCCGUGAAACCUUGCCAGAACGGUGGAACUUGCAUAGAUCAGCUCGACGGAUUCGUAUGCAAAUGCAGACCCGGGUUUGUCGGACUCCAGUGUGAGGCGGAAAUCGACGAAUGUCUCAGCGACCCUUGCAACCCUGUCGGAACCGACCGUUGCGUUGACCUUGACAAUAAAUUCAUUUGUCAUUGUCGCGAAGGUUUCACAGGCCCUGCCUGCGAAGUGAACAUCGAUGACUGCGCUUCUUAUCCUUGCCUAAACGGUGCCACUUGCAGAGAUGAUGUUGGUGGAUACAAGUGCGUUUGCCGCGAUGGAUGGAACGGUACAAACUGCGAGAACGACAUUGGAACUUGUCAGAAUCAUCCGUGUCAGAACGAUGCGACGUGCAUUAAUUUAUUCCAGGAUUAUUUCUGCGUCUGUCCCUCCGGUACGGAUGGCAAACAGUGCGAAACUGCGCCUGAACGAUGCAUCGGUAAUCCUUGUAUGCACAACGGACGUUGCCAGGACUUUGGAUCAGGGCUGAAUUGUUCCUGCCCCGAUGAUUACACUGGAAUCGGAUGUCAGUACGAAUAUGACGCUUGUCAAGCUGGCGCGUGUCAAAAUGGAGCUACUUGCAUAGACGUCGGUCCUGGAUUUACGUGCAUUUGCCCUCCGGGAUACACAGGUAAAAAUUGUGCCGACGAUAUCGUCGAUUGCAAGGAGAAUUCGUGCCCACCAUCUGCCACUUGCAUUGAUCUGACUGGAAAGUUCUACUGUCAAUGUCCAUUCAAUUUGACCGGCGAUGAUUGCAGAAAAACGAUUCAAGUCGAUUACGACCUGUACUUUACUGACCCAACUAGGAGCAGCGCGUCUCAAGUAAUUCCGUUCUUUACUGGCGCAAAGAAGAGCAUAACGAUCGCUCUGUGGGUUCAGUUUACUCAGAAAGAUGAAGCUGGAAUUUUCUUCACCCUUUACAGCGUCAGUUCUCCUCACGUACCAACGAAUCGCCGUCCAAUGGUCCAGGCGCACAGCAAUGGGGUCCAAGUAUCCUUAUUCCAAGACCUUCAGGAUGUCUAUCUUCCAUUCAGAGAAUACGCGACGAUAAAUGACGGUCAAUGGCACCAUGUGGCUAUUGUUUGGAACGGCGACAACGGAGGAGAACUUAUCCUCAUCACGGAAGGAUUAAUCGCCAGUAAAACGGAAGGAUACGCUAGCGGCAGAUCCCUCCCAUCUUACGGUUGGGCGGUACUCGGCAAACCAUUGAGUGAAAAUUCCAAGGGCUACACGGAAUCUGGGUUCCAAGGACAUCUAACAAAAGUGCAAGUCUGGGGCCGAGCUCUACACGUAACGAAUGAAAUUCAGAAACAGGUGAGGGACUGCCGUACAGAGCCCGUUUUAUACCAGGAUCUUAUCCUAACGUGGGCUGGAUACGACGACAUAAUGGGUGGCGUUGAACGAGUCGUUCCGUCUCACUGCGGACAAAGAGUAUGUCCAAAUGGUUACAGUGGAAAUAAAUGCCAGCAACUCGAAGUCGACAAAGUUCCACCAAAGGUUGAACAUUGCCCCGGAGAUCUGUGGGUCAUAGCCAAAAAUGGCUCUGCGAUUGUAACGUGGGACGAACCUCACUUCAGCGAUAACGUCGGAGUAACUAAGAUACAGGAAAAGAGCGGGCAUAGGUCAGGACAGACCCUUUUAUGGGGAGCGUAUGAUAUUAGUUAUAUCGCUUACGACCAGGCCGGAAACUCGGCUACUUGUAACUUCAAGGUUUACGUUCUCGCUGAUUUCUGCCCCGAAUUGGCCGAUCCGGUGGGAGGUACGCAGCAGUGCAAAGACUGGGGAUCCGGCGGGCAGUUCAAGGUCUGCGAAAUAUUCUGUAACUCUGGUCUCAGAUUCUCGCAGGAAGUUCCUCCCUUCUAUACUUGCGGAGCUGAGGGUUUCUGGCGACCAACCAAUAAUCCUGCACUACCUCUUAUCUACCCUGCCUGUACAAGCUCAACUCCGGCGCAGCGUGUAUUCAAGAUAAAAAUGAAUUUCCCCACUUCCGUUCUCUGCAACGAAGCCGGCCAGGGUGUUCUGAAACAGAAGGUUCGAAACGCCGUGAAUUCAUUGAACAGGGAUUGGAACUUCUGCUCAUAUGCGUUCGAAGGAACGAGGGAAUGUAAGAAUUUGAGUAUCGACGUACAAUGCGAUCACCGAGUUCGUAAUACUAGAGAUACCAACGACGAUGAUGGUGGAAUUUACGUUAUUUCUGCCGCUGUACCAGCCGAAACAGCGAGACAAGCCCGGCAAGGCAGCGAUACGUACGAAGUGGAGAUUUCGUUCCCAGCAAUAAAUGACCCGAUCCAGAACACGAAUUCGAACGAACGAUCGAACGUUCAGAACCUACUGGAGAAAUUGAUCCUCGAAGAAGAUCAAUUUGAUGUUCACGACAUCCUUCCAAACACCGUUCCAGACCCAGCAUCUCUAAUACUCGAGUCCGAUUAUGCAUGUCCCAUCGGACAAGUAGUGAUGGCGCCUGACUGCGUGCCGUGCGCGGUUGGAAGUUACUACGACGAAUCAUCAAAAUCGUGCAAGCACUGUCCAGUGGGAACUUAUCAAAGCGAAGCUGGACAAUUACGGUGCAGUUCGUGUCCGGUGAUCGCAGGUCGUUCAAGUGUAACGAUCGGACCAGGUGCCCGCAGUGCUGCGGAUUGUAAAGAGAGAUGUCCAGCUGGGAAGUUUUACGACGAUGGUGCCGGCUUGUGUCGUAGCUGUGGUCACGGCUUCUUCCAACCGAAUGAAGGAAGCUUUUCAUGUCAGCUUUGCGGACUUGGUAAGACAACCAGAACCGCUGAAGCUGUAUCGAGGGAGGAGUGCAGAGACGAAUGUGGAUCCGGACAGCAAUUGGCGGUCGAAGGAAAGUGCGAACCUUGUCCAAGAGGAACCUACAGGAUGCAGGGUGUUCAAGCAUCUUGUCAGGCUUGUCCGUUGGGUAGGACGACCCCGAACAUGGGAUCAGCGACUAUUGAGGAAUGCUCGCUUCCGGUCUGCGUUCCGGGCACCUAUUUGAACGGUACUUUGAACGAAUGCGUCGAGUGCAAAAAGAGAACGUAUCAACCUGAGCCACAACAAACAUCUUGCAUACCUUGUCCACCUAACACGAGCACCAACGGAACUGCCGCCACAAGCAAGGCCGAAUGUACGAAUCCGUGCGAAGUUAAGAACCAAAAAAUGCAUUGCGAUCCCAACGCGCACUGCCUCUUGGUACCGGAAACCAGUGACUUCAAAUGCGAGUGCAAACCCGGCUAUAAUGGAACCGGAGAAGAGUGUACCGACGUCUGCAAGGGUUACUGUGAUAACGAGGGUACGUGUAUCAAGGAUUCUCGAGGGCAACCGUCAUGCAGAUGCAUCGGAAGUUUCACCGGCAAACAUUGUGGAGAAAAAUCAGAAUUCUUCUACAUCGCUGGUGGAGUAGCUGGUGGAGUGAUCCUCAUCAUUUUCGUCGUUUUACUCGUUUGGAUGAUCUGCGUCAGAUCUUCAAGAAAGAAGGAACCUAAAAAAAUGCUGCAACCUGCAACAGACCAAAAUGGUUCCCAGGUGAAUUUCUACUAUGGUGCGCCAACGCCAUAUGCAGAGUCGAUUGCUCCUUCUCAUCACAGCACAUACGCUCAUUAUUACGACGACGAAGAAGAUGGCUGGGAAAUGCCGAACUUCUACAAUGAAACUUACAUGAAAGAGAGCCUGCAUAACGGUGGUAAAAUGAAUAGUCUCGCACGAUCGAACGCUAGCAUUUACGGUACUAAAGAUGAUCUUUACGACAGACUGAAAAGACAUGCUUAUCCCGGAAAGAAAGACAAAAGCGACAGUGACAGUGAAGGCCAGUGACUUUGAACGUUAUGUUCUGUAAGUUU